AUGAGUUGCACUCCGCCUACGAGAAGCUUCUCAAGGACGCCGAGCAUAGGCUCGUCAAGAUUUAUGAGUCGGCUAAGGCCGGCGUCGUCGUCAUCGAAGAUGACAAGGUGGAGGAGGAGGGUUUCACCAGCGACCAAGUCCAUGAGGAGGUGGUUGGGAUUCUACAGAAGGCCUCCGGAACCGAGCUGGACAGGGUCUACCUCUCCGGUCGGCGGUUGCGGUUCUUGCCCGAGGCCUUUGGCGGGAUUCGCGGUAAUUCAUGAUUCAAUAGCUGGAUUAGAGAAGCUUGAAGAGCUAAAUUUGUCUUCGAAUCUUUUGGAGGCACUGCCAAACUCAAUCGGGAUGUUGUAG